AUGGCACCGCAAAUCACGGUAUCUCCUGAGCAGUCCCAGCCCUUGUGGGGAGCGGGGCAGGACCGGGCGGCCCCGCUGCAGGUGCCUCCGCCGCGUCUCCCCCGUUCCCCGCGGGGAGAGGGCACGGGCGCGCACCGCGGUGUCCUGGGGCCGGCGGAGGGCGUGAAGUGGCCGAUGGCUCCCCGGUCCUGGGGAAGAGGGGUCGGGAGCAGACUCGACCUUGUCUGUCUUUCCUUCACCCCAGUGAGCAGCUCGCGGCGGGCAAGCGGGCAGCGGCCGUGCUCCGGCUCGCCAAACGGCCCCGACGCCUGGCAGGCGAGAGAUGCGCCGGGGCCCGGCUGGUUACCAUAUGUUUUCAAUAAAAUAAGACAAAUAGGACCAGGAGAUAGGGAUUGCAGUAAAGCUGUUGUAAAGCAGCGUAACCUAGGCCAAUGUAAACGGCAGAAGGGCCCCUCCUGGAAGGACCGUUGGGUGCCAGCCCCGUGCCGGGGCGGCCCGGCCAGGUGUGAGCGGGAGCCCGCAGAGGUGCCCCCGCAGAUUUUUAUCACGUUGGUGCCGCCCCUCGAGAAAGGGCUCCCGAGCCGCCGCGGUGGCCGCCCCCCCGGGCCCCGCUCCCCCGCCCUUCCAGCCCCGCCGCCACGGGGCUGCCCGCCCGGCGCGCCGCGCUCCUGGAGAGGCAGAGCGCACUGCCCUGCACCUCUCCGCACCGCCCCGUAUCACUGCCGCCCCGAGGGGCCGGUGACCAGGCCGGCCUGCCUGAGCUGCCCUCCGUACCGUCGCGGACCCGCAGGGCCAGUCCGGCCGUUCGUGGCGCCGGGAUGCCCGGCCGGGAGUCGCCGCGCCGUUUUGGUGAAGGAGCAGGGGGGCUCCCGCCUCGCCGGGGCUGCAUCCCCCUGGCCACCCUGCUCGCACCCCAGGAGGUGCCAGGCCGUGCAGAGGAGGGUCGGGUCCUGCCGUCGCCGGCCUCCUCUCAUCCACCGGGGAACGGUGCCCCGGGCCCGGGCCGGUCCCCACCGCCUGUCGCAGCCGGUGCGCAAAAGUCCUCGGCACGUUUUGCGCACCAAGCCCCGGCGGCGGAGCAGCCCUCCCCGGGCCAGGCGCCGGGCUGGCGGGGCAGGAGCGGCCGGGGUCCACGGGGAGACCCUUCCCCUGCGGGACCCAGCCCUCGUUUCCCCGGGGGAAGCAAAGACACAGCGCAGAGUGGGGCAGUAG